UCUUAUUUUCUGCUGAAUGUGUUGGAGAAACCCCAAAGGAACCCUAGAAUCUUAGAAGAAGAUGGUGAAGCUCACGGCUGAUUUGAUUUGGAAAAGCCCUCAUUUCUUCAACGCCAUCAAGGAGCGUGAAUUAGAUCUCCGAGGCAACAAGAUUUCCGUAAUCGAGAACUUGGGUGCCACUGAGGACCAAUUCGAUACAAUUGAUUUGUCAGACAAUGAGAUAGUCAAGUUAGAGAACUUUCCGCACCUCAACCGCUUGGGCACUUUGCUCAUAAAUAAUAAUCGGAUCACCCGAAUAAAUCCCAACAUUGGAGAAUUCCUACCGAAGCUACACACCUUGAUUCUUACGAACAACAGGCUUGUGAACUUGAUCGAAAUUGAUCCACUUGCAUCCAUUCCAAAGCUGCAGUACCUUAGUUUGCUGGAUAAUAACAUCACCAAAAAGCCAAAUUAUCGCCUUUAUGUGAUUCACAAGCUAAAAUCACUUAGAGUACUUGAUUUCAAAAAAGUGAAGGCCAAGGAGAGGGCUGAAGCAGCAAAUUUGUUUGCAACUAAAGAAGCUGAAGAAGAGGUAAAGAAGGUAGCUGCGAGAACCAUUACCCAAGAGGAAGUUCAGAAUGCGUCUGAUACUGCAGAAAAACAAGAGACUCCAAAAGUGGUUGCUCCUACACCAGAACAGAUUAUAGCGAUCAAGGCUGCCAUUGUUAACUCCCAGACGCUAGAAGAAGUUGCAAGACUUGAACAGGCUUUGAAGUCUGGCCAGCUUCCUGCAGAUCUGAUUAUUCCAGAUGAUAACACUAAUUCUAGCAAAGGCACAGAGCAUGAAAAGUCCUUUUCUGGUGAUCAAAGCAUGGCUGAUGCUCAACACGGAAAGAUGGAACAAAAAGAGAACGAUGGAUCUGCUCCUAUGGAGGAAUAGAAAACGUGGAUGUUGCAUCUCAAAAUCGAGGUGGCAUUAUACGAGCGAGCUCUUGAAUGGGUACAACCGGUCCUGACAAACUUUGCGGUGCUGUAAGAAAAUUUUCUGUCACUUCUGUAGGAACUUUUGAGCUACACACCCUGUAAGCUUUUUUUUAAUGGAGAUGAGUUAUUUCUCUUGUUUCACCUUCAUGAUGGUGGGAGGAGUUUAUCGUUUUAUUACCUAGUCCGCAUUCACAAAGAGAGGAUGUAUACAAGUACGACCUUGUGUUAUCUUGAUUUGUAGUUUCAUUUAUUUCAUUUUACUUGGA